AUGUCAUCCACAACACAAUCUUUAUCGACUGGGGUAUGUGAUGGAGAAAACUUGACGGUUAUAUUAGCACUUUAUUGUGUUGUCUAUUUGAUUACUAAUGCUGUCAUAUUUGCUGUUGCUAUGUAUACUCUUCGAAGAUGUUUUGAUAAUGUCAAGCUUCCUGGUGAAAAAAGUAAAAAGAAAGAAGAACAUACUGCAUCACGUACAAACAGUCGAAAGAGCCUUGUUUCACGCAACAAGCAUUGA